AUGUCCGACCUCAAGGAAAAAUUCCAUCCUGCUCUUUCGAUCACCAACGUGAAAUCAGUCAUUCCCAUCAGGUUGGACAACGAAACCAGAAAAUAUCACUCAUGGGCUGCGCUUUUCACUGUGCAACUACCCAUAUUGCAGUGGAUCUACGCUACAAUAUCAUCGGACCUUCUUCAUGCUAUUUUGUUCAAGGACGACUCGGUCGAAGCAGCAUGGAAACGUUUAGAGAUUCUAUUCCGUGACAACAAAGGGUCUCGCGCUACACAACUAGAGGAAGAAUUGUCUAGCGUCUCUCUUGCCAAUUUCACCAGCAUCGAUGCAUAUUGCAACCAUGUCAAGUCCCUGGCCGAUAGACUAUCCGACGUAGAUGCUCCGGUGACGAAUGCCCGCCUCAUUCUCAAACUCACAGGUGGUCUGCCGGAAUCAUACUCAGGUGUUGUUGACUAUAUUCACAAUCAAGAGCCACCACCCGCUUUUGAAAGUUGUCGCUCUCGCCUCAAACUUUGUGAAAUGGCCAUUAAAAAUGCCGCCGCCAAGGAAAAUGGCGGAGCUGCUGCUCUCGUUGCCACCACUAAUGGAGAGCAGUCCCACAAUAAUUCCAAUAGUUCUCAUGGCCGUGCUUCCCACAACCGUGACAAAAAUAAAAAGAAAAACUACAGAGGAGGAAAUGAGCAGAAUAAUCGCAACCGUAACAAUCACUCCGGCAACAAUGGCGACAACUCGUAG